GGCACCUUUAUUUCUCUACUCUAUGAGAUUCCUCCUAGGUCUUUUCCUCAAUCUAAGCGUCGUUGCUCAGAAUACCUACCGACCUGUGGGCACCUAUAUGCGUCUUAGAUCCGAAGGCUCGGGCGGUUUGCUCAUGUUCGACCGUGACGCUGAUACCCUGCAACUCAUCGUCAGACUUGGUGACUGUGUUGCGGCGGCCCAUGACGUGCCCUAUAGGGCCGUUGGGGUAUCCAGCAGUACAGGAUUCUGGGUGGUCCCUGAUUACAGUUCGAGUAGCUUCAAAGCGAGUCUCGAUGCCUGCAAGGACCCCUACGUUAACAGCGAAUCCUUCAACCACUUCGCGGUUGUGAGGAAGGGCGACACCCCCAUGGGUGAGAUUUCUGUACAUAUUGGUGGUGGACGCAGAUGGAUCUUCGAGCUGAGCCGCGGUGAGGAGAGCCCAACAACUGCCCCUACUACUACUAGGACGCCCUACACCACUCGUGCUCCUACUCCUACUACUACAAUGCCCUACACCACUCGUGCUCCUACUCCUACUACUACUGCUCCCUCUCCAUCUCGUGGAACGCCUCAGGGGAGAUAUGAAUAUUCGCAGUCGCCUAACGCGGCCUCGAUCGUAUUCAACGAGGAUAGCCAGCAUAUGCGCUUACAUGUGAACCUCAAUGGUUGUGGUAGUAGUGCCUACCAUAUCCCAUACACUAUCUCCGGAAUAUAUGGCACUGAGGAACAGUUUUGGGUUUUGCCAGACUACAGCGGUACCAACUUGAAGAGGCUCAUUGAGCGUUGCUCCGACCCUGUCGUACAUGGUGGUUCAUUCGAGCAAAUCCUGGUGAAGGCGCAGAAUGGUGUUCCGAUGGCCGAAUUGAGGAUAUUUGUCGGAGGCAACACCCUGUGGGAAUUCUCUCACAGUAGUAUCCCUACACCUCGCCCUACCGUCCCACGUACCACUCCUCCGCCAACUCCUACUACUCUACCACGUACCACUCCUCCUCCAACUCCUACUACUCUACCACCAGUUGUACCAACAGGACCUGCCCGCCCGAAGGGGCUCUAUGAUGCUAAAUCUGAUGGAGUUUCUGGACAGCUGGUAUUCUUCCAGACAGAUGAACUCCUUUUCACCAUGUAUAUCACUCUUGGUGGUUGUCGUCUUCAUUUCGAGGAUAUACCCUACACGAUGCACGAGGCCAAUGGUGCUUCCUGGGUGGUCCCUGACUACAGCUCUACCCGCGUGGCCGAUACAUUGAGCCACUGCAGGUUCUACCCCAACUCUAGAUAUGAACUAAGUGAUCUACAGAACAUCGAAUUGAAGAAUGCUCAUGACCCCGCCCAUCAGACGCUAGAGAUCUACAGGCUAUCUAGCACGUAUGGGAGGGCGCAAGCGAAAAUAUUCGAGAACCAGUAG